GGGCCCUCACUCUAUGAUGAAUGUUGGAGAAGCAUAUAGGAUCCCAUGUUUGUUGAUAUAUUGCAAAUUCUCGGAGUGGGUCUCAAUUUCAUGUUAAUGAACAUUGACGCGGUUAUCUAAUAACCCAAAACUCUCUGAAUUCGCACUAGUAUCUACACACGGGGAAAUUUUCUUAAAUGUAUACAUAUGGGCUGUCUACUGACAAAAAAACGGAUCAAAUGCAUGGAAUGGAUGGCUAUGGUAGGCAACCAACUCUACAUGAUUUUUUUUUAAACUGCUUUACGAUAUCGGUUCAUGAGCCACAGUGAUUGUGAAGUUGGUGAAGAACCACAGUCAAAAAUGGUUUACAUAACCCAAAUGUCUAAAUGAUAUUCAAUUUAAUUUAUCAUUCAAUUAUGAAGUUUGAUUUAAAAAAGUAUUUGAAACAGAUGUAAAUGCCAAUAAGCAGUAGUGGUGCCUCUUUGGAACGGAAAAAAGUGUUUCGAAUUCGAGGCAGCCUAAAUGCUGCAUCAACAGAUUACGAUAAGCCUUCCGAGAAGAAUUUUUUGACUAUCGAACCCGCACUUCCGGUACCAGAAUGUUCGAGGAAGCUUUAUAAGAGAUCAAACAGUACAUUAGUGCCGAGUCUUUCCAAGAAUAAUGAAUGUAUGUACACACCCAUCACACUACAUCCACUACCAGAUGGAACGAUACACAUAUUUCGUACAUCGCAAGAGAAGGAAAAAAAUCCAGAUAGGAUUAGUUUGGAUAGACGUGGUCUUACCGUACUUCCUGUGUUAGACGAUGAAGUCAAUUUAAGACUAUUAUCACUUCAGCACAAUUUAUUGAAUAGCUUGGAUGGGUUUAGACAUCAGAGGUUCAAUUUUUUAGUAUUUUUAGAUGUUUACGAUAACCAGUUAGAAAAAAUACACUGCCUGGAUGGACUGGAAAGUUUGCGAGUUUUACUUAUGGGAAAGAAUAGGAUAAAACAAAUAGAGGGUUUGGAAAACUUGAUGAAAAUUGAGGUCCUCGAUCUUCAUGGAAAUCAGAUUACGCACGUAAAUGGAUUAUCGCCUUUAAGUCAGUUGAAAGUUUUAAACUUAGCAGGCAACCAAAUUAAAAACAUCGGCGCUUCGGACCUGAAAGGUUUGAUUUCUCUUCAGGAGUUCAAUCUGAGAAGAAAUAAACUGAAAAAGUUAUUGGGAUUCGGCGAAACGGCGAGCUUACAGAAGUUGUUUCUAAGUAAUAAUGAACUGCACGCUGUGGAAGAUAUGUGCAGUUUAGCUAAAGCAAUCUCAAUAAGGGAAAUAGCUGUAGAUAACAAUCCGAUAUCAUUGGGUGGAGACUGUGUAUCAUUUUUGGUUUCUUACCUGCCGCAGCUAACCAUUUUAAAUGGCAUGCAAAUAACUGAUCAAGUCCGAAAAGCCGCAAUGGCGUGGAGGCGCAACAAAGAGUUCUCAAGCACGGCCUUCAUGGAUUUAACGAGCGACGUAUGCUUAAACGUGCGAAGAGAAGAGGUGAUAUCAAACGCGCGGACGAAUUGGGAACUUCUUAGGUCACAAACUAAAUGUCUAUCUACGAAAACCUCAGCAGCUGUUAAUAUUACUAGAAAUCUUAAGCCCGACUGUGAUUUUAUAUUAACGUCUUUAACGAAACCGGAAUUUAAAAGUAACGAUAUGCGAAAUAAACCACGCGUGAUUGGUACCGCGACCAAGACGCCCUUCUUGUUUGAUAAGAGAAAUUCGUUAGCGCGCACGUCUUCGCAAGAUUCUCAAAAUACGUCUUCAUCAAACACGUCCAACAAUGAAUUCUUUCGGCUUCCACCCAUUUUGGUUCCCAUUAUUAACAAAAUGGAUCAACAGAGCGAGGUGGUCUCUAAAGAAACUGUGAAAUCGUCAGGAAGUCUGUCGAGUAUUGGGCCAAACGUCGACAGUCCAGUCAGUUCAUUAUUGAGUAGUACGAGUUCAAGUUCAGGUGAAAGCUCAGACGAUGAGGAUAGUAACAUUGCGCCAACCGACAUAGUUAAGCACGAAGAAACAACCCCUCCCGAUGUUAAUGCUGAUGGUAACUCCAAUGAAGAAACUGUUGCAGUCGAUAACGCUAGCGUGAUGUCCACAAGUACAUUGAGAUCAAACGUCACGCUACCAAGUACAUCUGAAAGCGACAAAAGUAUUAAUAGCACAACGAAACCUAGAUCAGUAAAAAGCGCGGCAGUCGUAAAACCUUGCCAGUCAAAACUUCGAUGCAGGCCUCUUACCGCAAAACCCAAAAAAGACCCUUCUUCAGACACACAGCUUGAAAAAGACAGAGAACAAGGUGGAGAUUAUUUGAUUGAAAUAUGUGGUCGCCAGUUGAACAUUUACGGCCAAGGCGCUUUAAGAUUCAUCGAUAAAUCCUGGAGUAUGUCGAAGGUGAAAGAUGUCACUGUCGUCAAUUUUAAUUACAUAAACUUUAAUUCAAUUGUGGGCGUCUUAAAUAAGCUCAAGCAUCGAUUUCCUAAUACUGAUAGCUUUGUGUUCAAAGAUACUAAUAUUCAAUACAUUGGACAGUUAAACGCGUUAGCCGAAAUUCAGGGACUUUCGUCGCUUGUUAUCGAAACUGAUGGCAAUUCAAUUGUGCAGAAGAACUGGCAAUCGUACGCUGUGUACCGGCUUGCCCACUGGGGCUUGCGGUUCAUUAAUGGGAAGGAAAUUAGCGAAGAGGACAUUCGCGCCGCCAACGAAGAGUACCAAAGUUUAAGCGAUAUUGUCUUAUGGACCCUUCCGAAUACUUUGUUGCAACCUCUCUUGGUUCGACUGCAAUUGGAUGUUAGUCAAAAGAUUCCCGAACAAAAUGCAAAAAAGUGGUUACUAUCAGCCGACCCUGCGUUAAGAAGCGUUGUGAUAAAAGAAGCGCUUCAAUGGAAACGUGUGCUGUCGCAGGAUGAUCUAUUACUAAGGCAAAAAGCUAAAGGGUAUAUCGGUUCGAUGUUAGAAGAAACUUGCAAUGCAGUCGCCAAAUUGAGAAGGUUGGAUGAAGAAUGGUCAGUGAUACUACACGAAACUGUACGAAAUAUAUUAUUAGACUAUACACAAAUUGAUAUGUACAUGAAAACCAAAUUGCAAGAACUGAAGAGAUUGUAAUUCACACUGCCACCAAAUUAGUAUUAUUAUAAGUACAAAUUAAGUUAAAUUUCUUAUUAUUUAU